ACGGUUGUGUAAAAGUGUUUCACACUCCUGACUUGUGCCUUGUGGAUAGCCCAAAAGGAUUUGCAAUGGAAGGUGUAUUGCUUGUUGCUGUACCAACCCAGCCAUUGAGCUACUCUUCUGACCAAGUAUUAAUGCCUGGUUAAAAGUAAUCCACGAGAUAUUGAAUGUGGAGAAUGCUGAUAGUAAUGCUAUUGAAUGUGAAAGGUUGGAUGAAAGUCUUGUUGAAGAUGGUCAUUCUUGUCACUUGUGUGACUUGAAUGUUACUUGUCUCUUAUUGGUCCAUGCCUGAAUGUUGUCUUGGUCUUGCUGCAUGCAGGCAUGGGCUGCGUCAUGUCCUGAGGAUCUGCGAAUGGAAUUGAACAUAGUGGAAUCAUCAUCGAACGUCCAUACUGUUGACCUUGUGGAACAAAGGUCAUUAGUGAAACAGCUGAAGAUGGUUGGGCUUAGGAUACUAAGAAGCUCCUGCAGUGAUGUCCUGGGGUUAGGAUGAUCUCCAACAACAGCAGGCAUCUUCCUUUGUGCAAGCUUUCAGCUUGGAUGCUGAGCAACCAGACUAUGAUAUGGACUCGGAUGAUGAAGCAUUUGUGAAUAAAUUAAAGAAGAAAAUGGACAUCACUCCUUUACAAUUUGAGGAGAUGAUUGAUCGAUUAGAAAAGGGCAGUGGUCAGCAGUUGGUAACUCUCCAGGAAGCAAAGUUGCUAUUGAAAGAGGACGACGAUCUGAUCUGGGAAGUGUACGAGUAUUGGAUUCGGAAAAGGAAAAGCUGUCGAGGUUGUUCACUUAUUCCAACAGUAAAACAGGAAAAGCGGGAUGGUUCCAGUACCAAUGAUCCUUACGUGGCAUUCAGAAGAAGAACUGAGAAGAUGCAAACUCGAAAGAAUCGUAAAAAUGAUGAGGCUUCAUAUGAAAAGAUGCUGAAGUUGCGGAGGGAUCUUAGUCGAGCUGUAACAAUCUUGGAGAUGAUUAAACGAAGAGAAAAAAGCAAAAGAGAAUUGUUGCAUCUAACGUUAGAAAUUGUUGAGAAAAGGCACAGUCUGGGUGAUUUCAGUGGAGAAAUUUUAUCAGAGGUCAUGGCACAGCGGCAGCAUGUGAAGCCUACAUACACAGUGCCCAUCACUCCAAUAUCUAAUAGCAAUCAGUUUAAACAUCAAGAGUUUAUGGAGAUUAAGGAAUUUAAAGUUAAUAAGCAGGAGAACGUGGAGAUUGUACGACCCAAGAGGAAGUAUGAAAAGAAAAAACACAAAAUCUCGCAACCAAUUGCUGCUGCACCCCAGCAAUCAAGCCCUGCUGCACUGCCAGUCUUUAAUGCAAAGGAUAUAAACCAGUAUGACUUUCCCAGCUCUGAUGAAGAGCCCUUCUCACAGGUCCAUUCUGCAUCUUCAGAAGCAGAGGAAGAGAAUGAUCCAGAUGGUCCUUUCGCUUUCCGAAGGAAAGCAGGGUGUCAGUACUAUUCUCCUCGCUUGGACCAAACAGGCAAUUGGCCUUGGUGUAGUCCAGAAGAAGGAGGAUUAGGAGAUGUUCGUUAUAGAUACUGCCUCACUACACUGACUGUUCCCAGGAGGUGUAUUGGUUUUGCACGGAGGCGUGUUGGUCGAGGUGGAAGAAUUUUGUUGGACCGAGCGCACACAGGAAACGACACUCUUCUUCAUCAGUUGGAUCCUGAGAUACUCUGUACCCUGCCCCAUUCUCCAUUUAACGAAUUUGCCAAUACCUCACAAAUAAAUACCUCGGAUCAUCCUUCUAGAGACCUCACUCAGAUUCUAGCAAACAUUAAGGCAUGCCGAUGGCGGCAUUUCAGGCCCCGGUCACCAAAUCUUCAGGACAAUGAUGGUGAUGAACUCUCCACCCGAAAGCUGUAUCGGGGUGUAAAUCGAAUCGUAACAGCACAACUUGGGACCCAGCCAUGUAGUACCUCUGUCUCCAGCAAAAGCAGUGGCACUGGUUCAACACAGAAUAGUGCAUUUACAGCAGAACAAUACCAGCAACAUCAACAGCAACUAGUACUGAUGCAGCAACAACAACUUGCACAGAUUCAGCAGCAGCUAGCACAUAGUAAUUCAGGCUCCAAUUCUUCACAGGGUUCUGUUUCAAAAACAUUGGAUUCAGUCAGCGCACAAUUUGCAGCCUCGGCUUUAAUGACAUCCGAACAAUUGAUGGCAUUCAAAGCAAAGGAGGAGGCAGUGCUUGGAAUCAAUGGUGUCCUCCAAGCCUCAGGAUCGUACAAGGGCUUACACCUCACGAGUACCACACCUACAGCACUUGUGCAAACCAGUCAAUCGUCAUCAUCAGCAGCAGGUUCAGCCUUACUGCCUUCCUGCAGCAACACACAGACAGCAACUUCCCAUAGUGCACUGAGUCACCAUGGAAAUACUACGAACUCAAGUCCUCAGGUUUUGCUUGGCAACAGCCUUCGCAUAGGUGUACCCAGCUCAGUAGCUGCUGUUAAUUCUGUCACCAGUCUGAAUGCACGUCAUAUACCACGAACUUUAAAUAAUGUUCCAACAGCUGCCUUAAAACUGGCUUCAGCAGCAAAUUGUCAGAUGCCCAAGGUUACAGGCUCCACAUCCAUGGACGGAGUACCAAGGGAAAACCAUGACACAGAAAAGCCAGCACUAAACAGUAUAGCAGACAAUACAGUGGCAAUGGAAGUAACGUAGUGUCCACAAAGAAAGCUGCAGCCUUGGGAACUCAUUUAAGUGCUAUGCAUCAAUAGCGUUUGUGAAUGCAAGGGAUGGCAGAAUGCAGCACAUUGUUUCCAUGGCAGCUCUGGGGACUUGAUGGCAUUGCACAUCUCAUGCUUUUUUUUUGUUACUGUUGUUAAUAGGAAUUGACAUCUGUAAAUUAUGAUACAGCAAUUAUCUGUACAGUACUACAUAUUUGUAAUACACUUGUAUAUAUGUUACUUGAAUACUGAACUGUUCAUUCGUGAUGCUUUGCACUUGAAAGAGAAAACAAAAUUGCAACCAGUAAGAGUGUGAGAUGUGAGAGAUCUAUAGAGAUGAAGUGUCAUCACAUCAUGUGCAUGGUGCGGAACCUGCUGUUUUAUCUAUUUAUUGUGCUGUGUUUACAGUUUUGUACACUGUACCUUCAUUGGUUCCUGUGCUGUAGUAAAUGUGUUAGGUAGCUGUGGACUCCUUGGUAUUUUGUAAAUGGUAAACAUACUUGGUUCCCCUCUGGGUCCCUGAGUUUCUGUGUAUCAUGUAAAAAUGGUGACAUACAUACAGAUUUGAAAAUUAAGGCAUCGGUUUGUAAAUGGGGAUGGAACUACUUCUUGGAGACAUAGGGAUCUUCCACUUAUAUUUGUUCUAACGCAAGUAACAAGCUGGAAAUGAAGUCACGUUUUUUUCAGAAGCAGAGAAGCUUCUGCAAAAUUAUUUUAGCACUAAUUAUUUUCUAUGCUGCUUAGAUUUUUUUUGCUCAUUUGAGUUUAAAUGAAUUGAACCUCCUUCAAACAAAUCUGAGCUGUAUCAGAGUUUCCCUUGCUUUUUCAUAAUUCAUCGUUUUAUUUUUGUAUCUGUUAAAGUUGUAAAUUUCUUGGUUGAUUUUGUGCUCCUGUACACAGACUUCAUUCUUCACUUGUUCACGUCAAAAAAAGAGAAGAAACAAAAAGGAGAUAAGGGAGAUGAAUGCAGUAGUUGCUGUACGUGUAUCAUCAUUCCAGUUUCUGAAACAGCCAGCUUUUACUUUCAGAUUCUUGUGAAGGCUGUAAGGCCAGAACCACGAUAUCGGGUGCCUUCCUUUGGAAAUAAUAGACCUCUCUUCUGUGAAGAGAUUGGUACUUAACAGACUACUACUAGUGCUUUGUCAGUACCUGAGUCUGAAUGCCCAGUCCAAUGGCAUAUUUAUCCUCAAGGUUUUUAAUCCCACCUGGAAUUGUGACAGAACUCUCACAAAAUAAACCCAGGGCAUUACAUGUUGACCAACAGCUGUGUUUUUUUUUAAAUUUUGUAUCGUGUGUUGGAGUUAUUUUUCUUGCUACAUUAGAAAGAAAAGUAAUUUGUGUAUUUACAGUAUUUUGUAAUUGAAGCAUUAUGAAAUGUGAGCUCUCACCAUUUUACCAUGCUGGUAAGUUAGACUUUAAAAAAAAAAAAAAAAUCUGGGGGGAUAUUAUGUGGCUGGUAAUGCAUUGAGGAGGUAACUUAUUGGACCACUUCAUAAAUAACUUAAGUUUAUAGCAUACAUCUUUUCAAGACCUAAUGCUUAUAUUGAAACAAAGUAAAUUGAUCCUUGUUGAAUUUCAGUAAUUACUUUGUUCUGCUUAUUUUUAUUUUACUACUUUAUUGCACAAUUAGAUUAUUGGAAAAUAAUUGCCUCUUAGUCAUUGCUUUGUCUGACCAGUGCAGUAAUGACAACAUUGUUCCUCAGAUGUGAAGCAACUGCUUACCAAUAAGAUGUUACUGUCUUUCUGAGGAUUCAAAGCCUAAAGACACUUCCUUUUCAGAAAGUUGUGUCAUUGUACUUCCAGUUUGACAUGGUAAACUUCGUAAAUACAUAAUUUUACAUUUUCUUUGCCCAAAAGAAAACAGAUUUUUAAGCACUUCACAGUUGGUGGUUCUAAAAAUAAUUUCUUAAUUUGGGCUUUUUAAACAAUUUGUUCCAUUAUCAACAACAGUGAGAACAAACAUAAAUUAAGUGACUGCUUUGCAAAGCACUUGUGCUAUGUCCACUCUGGCCAUCUUGAACUGUCAUUGACAUAUCAUUUCAACCCCACCAGCUUGUCUGUCCUUGGCCUUCUCACGGACAGGAUGAGGCCAAAUGGAAACUACCUCAUAUUCUGCCCGUGUAGUAUGAAUAUCAAAUUACUUAACUUUGGGUAAACUUGUACGUCCUGUAUACCUUUCUCCUUCUGAUCCAUCCAGGUUUUGCCAGCCCCAUCAUACCAUCUUCACCCCCCCGCCCCCCCCAUCAGUUACUUUCUCCUUCAUCUGGUUCUAUCUGUUCAUCAUGCAAACGUAUAAUCCAUUGCCUUUCCCUUACUUUGUUCUAUUACUUAGCAGGAUCUGGUCUCCAUAUCACUCUUCAGCUUGCCUCCAUCUCCCACUGUGCUGCAUCUGCCCAUCUGGUUCCACUAUUGCCUGUCAGCACUGUCUCUCUCUCUUCCCCCAACCUCUUUAUUCUGUCUAUCUCCCCUCUACACUCUCAGCCCUAAUGAAGGGUCUCGACCUGUAAUGACAACUAUGCUACCUCGAAAGAUGCUGCUUGAUCUCCUUGAAUUCCUCAAGCAGUUUGGAUUUUGCUCCAGAUUGCAACAUCUUCAAUCUCUUGUAUCAAUCUUUAUUUCAAAAUUAGUAUUUAACAUUUUGGUUCUUCAGAUUGAGGCUUGCCCAAAAGGGGCAAAACUAAUCAUAUAUUCAGCAGCAGGUAGUAUACCAGCUCUAUUUUUAUCAUUUCUUUGAAUUAUUAUUGGAUUGUUCCUUGCAUUCGUUAUUCAAGAUACUGAUCGAUUUUGGCUUCCAACAUUGUUCAACUCUGAAAGGUAUGAGUAUCUUCCUAACCAGUCCUAUAAAUAACCAUAGCAACAUUUAUAUUCUUUAAGUGCAUAAACUCAGAUUCUAAUUGUAUACAGUUUUCAAUAAUUUAUCAUGAGUAAGCAUUUUACUUCCAGUAUCAAAAUUAGUGCACAGUGAGAAACUGAACUUUAUAAGAAAAAUUUCAUGUUUUAAUCGUAAAGCAAGGCAGCAACUGGAUUAAAAUCCAUACAUCAUAUACAUCAUUGAAAGAUUCAGCACAAGGAGGGACAUUUUGGCCCAUUAUGCCUCUACUGUAUUUUUUACGGUGAUAUUCUGUAGACCCAUGCCUUUAAGUAAAAUCAGUUCACUUUUCACCAUUUUAAUUCAUCUUUUUUCCGUAAUUCUCAUAACUCCAUGCAUUGCAGCUAAAAUCCUGAAAAAUAAGUAAAUAAAUCCGCUUCAUGUCAACUCCUGUUAUUUGCUGAUCCCUUUUGGAAUCCUCUGAUUUCUGAUGCUUCUGCAAUUGGGAACUAUUUCUCAUUUAUCAAAACUCUUCAAGAUCUUGAAUGCAUAGUAAGUCCUAAGAAAAUCAACUCCUGACUUCCCUAGUUCUUCCACUGAAUCUUUUUUGCAUUUCUGCAAAAGCCUUGACCUUUCUCCUAGUAUGAAAAGGCUCAGAAUUGGCUAUAGAGCUGCAACCAGGGCCUAAUCAGUGUUUUGUAUGAGCCUUAGCAUAAAUUCCUUACCUUAGCAUUUUUAUUUGUAUAAAGCCAAGUAUAAUGUGUACCCCCUUUGAUUUAUCCAGCCACCUUUUUAAAAAAAAACAUUCAAAUGAUGUAUUCAGGCAUCUAAGAAUGUUUUUCACCUCCAAAAUUGUACCAUUUUAGUUUUUGUGCUUCAUAUUAAAGUACAUACAUUUCAUCUGCCACUUUCCUAUCUGUUUAACUAUCAUAAAACUCCCAGAAGUUAGAAAUUCUCCAUUCUCCUGAAGUAAAGUCCAACAUAUCCGAGCCCUUAUUAAUCUAUCAAACAGCAGUGGUUCCAAAUCGGAUAUCUGGGACAACCUACCAUACAACAUUCCUUUAAGAUGAAAAAUAUGCUCAUCAUUACUGCUUUCUGUAUUUAAGCUAACUUCAUAUUCACACACUCGUGCUUCUCAUCACACUUGUUUCAAAUUGUGUUAGCGCAUAAGUCAGUACUUUAAUUCAAAGUUUUCAUUAUUAAUAAGAUAACACAAUCAAAUAAAUUCUGCCUUUCUCAACUCCAUUUUGGCUUUCAUUUGUUAAUAUGUUGUAUUUCCAAAAAUAUAUAUAUUGUCUUUGAAGUUCUCCCUUCAAUGAUGUUGAACUGAUUUGCCUGUAUAUUUUAGACUCAACCUUAUUGAGUGCAUAGUGUGAUAUUUGCAGAUUCUUGAUAUUUUGCCAUUAUCUAAAUUCAAGCAACCCACAGAUGCUUGAAUUUUAUGCGGAAUGGCGGGUGUCUGGAAUGCAAUGCCUGGCUGGUAGUGGAAGCAAAUAUGAUAGAGGUAUUUAAAGUAUUCUCUUAGAUGAGCAUGUAAUGCCGAGAAUGGAGGGAUACAGACCUUGGGUAAUUAUUUUCGUAAUUAGUUCAGCACAACAUUGUAGCUGUGAAGGGCUUUAUCCUGUAUAGUAUUGUACUGUAUUCUAUUUUCUGGAUCUAAUAUAUCUGGACUACUUCCUUCCUCUACACUAAAAGUAAUUCUCAUCUCAUGUAUCUCUUUUCUGCAAUAAAUCUAAACUUAAAAUAGUGGUCUUUUUCCAAAAUAUAACCUAACUAAAGCAAGUUCCAUUUUCCUAAUUUAUUCCCCAAAACCACAUCUUAACAUUUUCUUGUUUGUGUGGGAACCUAGUGAUUUAAAGUUAUUUUUGUAUCUACUCCAAGAAUUAUUCUUCCCUGUUGAAGGGGUCGACUACUUUUUUCCAUAGAUGCUGCCUGGCCUGUCGAGUUCCUGCAGCAUUGUGUGUGUGUUGCUUGAAUUUCCAGCAUCUGCAGAUUUUCUCUUGUUUGUGAUUAUUCUUCCCUUCUUGUUCCGCCAUAUAUCUCAUUCUAUGUUGUUCAAUUUAUUUCUGCAAUAUUUGGUAUCCUGUAGUAUAUACUAUCAAUGGCUAGUUACUGUUCCUGAUCCUAAUUAAAUCACAUUAAGCAUGCUUUUCCUGCCUUUAACUGUACUGGAAAUAUUGAAAAGAAUAGCAGCACGACAUUUCCUUUCCUUACUGCAUUUUAACCAGAAACAAAGUAAAUUUCUCUUGUUUCAGUCAUUGUUUUGCCACAAAAUAAUCCACUUCUUUCCAUAUGCCUACAACUUGCCAAGCAUAUUCAAUAUUUUGGCAUCUGUUUACAUCAUUCUCAUGUGUCAAUGUCUGCUCUUGCCCCAUUUCUCCUUCUGUAUUUCAAUAACUGGACCCACUAUUGCAUAUAUUCUUUGUAUCACAGAUCUUAGAGUUAUAUAUAGAGUAUCUAUAAAUCCCUCACCAGUUGUUAAAACUGGAUCUUGAACUUUUCUUGUCUACAAAAAACAUAAGGAAACCCAGUGUUGUGCCAACCUCUUAACUUAUUCCAAGAUUAUUCUAAUACUUCCCUCCCAAUAGCCCUCCAUUUUUAUUUCAUUAAUGUUUUCUACAUUGUUUCUCACAUACAGUAUGAUUAUUUCUAAUGUACAUCCCUGCCCAGUCCCUCCAAAAAAUGCAUUUUACACAGUAAUAAUUCUUUCUGGGGUUAGAGAAUUCCCAAAAUUGAUGCUACAAGUUCAGGACAAUUUAAUUUUGUAAGCUUAUCUGCCCCCAGUACAGUCAUUUACCCAAUUACUGUUUAGCAUUUGGUCUGCACACCCACAAAAUGUUCUUGGUUCUGAAAAUUGGCUUCCAGCAUUUUUCCGUAAGGAAUUUUGCCUUUCCCUAUCCUGCAGAAAAAAAUGCCUAUUAUUCCCAUGAAUACUACAGAGCUGAACUCUUGGAAUUACCACUCCACAAACUUUUAUCAGUUCCGGAAGUUCCUUGUAAUGACUUUAGUCACUCAAAAGUGGUAGCCUUGAGUGCAGAUAAUGUCAUUCAGAAUUGUCCAGGAAUUUACUACAUGAUACAAUCACAGUCAAGAUCAGUAUUUCCCUAUUACUAUGUUAAUUAUGUGUGUAUGGCAGAUUUUCAAUUUGCAGUUCAAAUCCUUUUGAUUGUUUUCUCGGCCUAGUAAAUGUUACUAUU